AUGAACCGCGUUCUUCUUCUCUUAUUCUUCCUCCUCGUAGGAAUAUGGUGUGAUCAUCCUGUGAGUUCGGAAGAGAAACAGUACUGGAAGGCUAAUUGCGGAACCAAACCAUACCAUCCGAGAAGAUUCGAGAGCCGAAUGGUUGGGAUUGGGUUCUAUAUCCGGGCAGCAGUUGGUUCAAUAUUAUAG